AUGCCAUUAAGUCAUAGUUUGAAAACCACUUUACUUACAAUAACGUGGUUGCCUGUACUAUACUCGUUCACUAAUCAUGUGUACCAACCCUAUCAAAUCAGUGGAUCUUCAAUGACGCCAACAUUCAAUCCAGGAACAACUACAACGUCGAAAGAUAUAGUGCUAGUACAGAAGUAUAAUAUAAAGACCAAGGAGAGUAAUAUAUCUCGAGGCGAUGUAAUUAUGUUUCGUCUGCCUUUAGAUCCCGAGAAGUUGUUGACAAAGAGAGUUGUGGGAAUAAAUGGAGAUGUAAUACUACCGACUUCUAAUUAUCCUAAGCUGGAAGUAAAAAUACCGCGGAAUCAUUAUUGGGUGGAAGGUGACAAUCGAGUGCAUUCCAUAGACUCCAACGAGUUUGGUCCAAUUAGCAAAGGUUUAGUUGUGGGGAAAGUGGUGAUGAUUCUUUGGCCAUUGAGCAGGUUUGGACAAUCUUUGGAAAGACAAUGA